CCCCCUCCUCUCUCAAUGCAUACUAAUUCUGCGAGAGGACCCUCCUCCCUCCCCUCCCAGAUUUCUCAGGGAUAGGCGGGAGGGGACAGAGCAUUUUCAGUUCAGUAAGGCAGGCAAUGCUUGUCUUAUAGCCCCAUGUCUUUUUCAGUCAGCAAUAUUGAUGAGCCACUGCAACAUGUCUAACCUGUGUGAGUGGUAUGUACUAGACCAGAGCUAGAGGAAAAGAACAUGUUUUCAUCUGGAUGGGGAGGCUUGUUUUGUUGAAAGAAGAAAGAAGAUGAGCUGGGAGGGGGAAUAACUGGCAACUGCCAUUCCCCCCUUCCACAUAGAGACAAGAAAAAACGGAGGCUACUGGAGUAUUUGUUUUUUUCUUUCGUUCUUUGUUCUUCUUCUUCCUCAUCGCCUUGCUGGGAGGUGCUUUAUCUUUUCAUUUGCUUGCUCUCUCUGUCCUCUGCCUCCUCAUCUAUUUCUCCAUUUACCUGGUCUACAAUUUAUUUUAUUUAUGAACGAGAAAAGGAAGGAAAGAUUUUUCUUUUUUAAAUUCCUUAUCCAUUCUCCCUUCCCUUCCCAUUCCUAUGACUCCCAAUCUUUCCCCCGUUACCCACGCUCCUCCUCCCCCCAUUUCUCCACUCACUGUCCACCCCAUAACUUUGGCUAGUUUUUGAAUCCAUCAGUGUUUCAAUUAUCCAGAUUUUUCCACCAGAAAAGACUGGUUGAUGACACUAUUUUACCUUUUUCAUGUUUUUACCUUUUCCUAUUUUGUACCUCUUUUCGUCUCCCACAAUCCUUUGCAUCUCUAUUUUGGGGAUUCUUAUUUAUAUUUAUAGUUCACCCUCCCUCAGUCUGAGGCUAUGAGAGGGAGAGAGGAGUCCCAGGCCACACCAUCAUGCUACUUCUGAGAAGCAGGGAUGACAUUUUGGCUGCCAAUACACAAGGUAUUACAUUCCCACUCCUCGAUUAUGCCUGUCUGCGGCUGCCACAGCGCCUCCCACCCUCAGGAAAGGCGAGCGUCCCCCACAAUACUGCCCCCCCAGGAGGUGAGACGUCCUCCCCGGCGCCUUGCGGCCCUCUCCUCCCUCUCCCUGUCCCUCCUGGGCCUCCUGAUGUGCCUGUUCCACCUGCCCCCCGCCUGUCACUCUCGCAGAGACAAGGGCGGGGGCGUGGCCCACUACAUCCCCAUGGCCCAGCCCCCCCACCACCAGGUUCUGCCCAAGCUGGUUCAGGGCCUCAGCAUCGCUGUGGUGCUGGUGGGAAACUCUAGCGAGGUGGCGUUGGCGGGCGCCCGGGAGAAGGACGACUUCCUGCACAUGCCGCUGGCGCCCAACGUGGAAGUGCUCACCAUGAACGAGACGGACCCCAAGAGCAUCAUCAAGAGCAUCUGUGACCUGAUGACAGAGCACUGGCUACAGGGCGUGGUGUUCGGGGACGACACAGAUCAGGAGGCCAUAGCCCAGAUCCUGGACUUCAUCUCUGCACAGACACACAUCCCCAUCCUGGGGGUCCGCGGUGGCUCCUCCAUGAUCAUGGCUGCCAAGGUACAGUGUGUGUGUUUCUAUGUGUACUGUGUGUGAGAGAGAGGGUGAUCGAGAAAAGAAAAAAGUAUGAGCAAUGUUUUUAUCUGUUAGUGUUGAUCCUCUGUAUUUCAUUGUUGUCUUGAACAAUGAUCUGUCGUUACCACUAUCAGAUCAAUGCUGGUUCAUUCAUGGUAAAACAGAUGCAGAGGUUUGACAGAGAGCAAGAGGGGUUGUUUCCUUUGAAGAAAACUGGAAAGCGUGGGGAAGUUGGAGACAGGAUCAGCGUGGUGCGAUAUGAGGGAACAGGAAGACAGGGAGAGAAGACGUGCAUAGAGAAAGAAAAGAAUAACUCAAGUAGACUGACAUGAGCUGAGAGAGAGAGCAAGAGAGAGAGAGAGAGCGAGAGAGAGAGAGAGAGAGAGAGAGAGAGA